AUUAUAUGGCUGAGAAUGCUCCUACAGGAUAGGACACUGUAUGGUGUAAAGGCCUUUUCAAGAGUAUAUGCUGUUGCUAUAGCUACUGUGGGCACUUUGAGGAGUUUGAAAAUGGCAGAGCUAUUGCAGCAUUCUCUGAGCAAAUUCACUUACUAUAGUUUAAACAGAGCACCAACAAGAAGAGGAAUUGCAACAAGAGAAUAUAAGCAUAUGAGACCAUGUCGGUGUGUGGCUACGCAGGAAGAUAACCGGCGCAUUGUGGUCGGUAAUGGGAAGGAUUCGUUGGAUAUAUGCCGGGUUGUGAAUGGAAUGUGGCAAACAAGUAGUGGUGGAUGGGGAAGAAUUGAUAGGGAUGAGGCUGUUGAUGCUAUGCUUAAAUACACUGAUGCUGGACUCACUACUUUUGAUAUGGCUGAUAUAUAUGGGCCAGCUGAAGAUCUAUAUGGGAUUUUCAUCAAUCGAGUUCGUCGUGAGCGUCCACCAGAAUAUUUGGAAAAGGUCAGAGGUCUCACCAAGUGGGUGCCACCUCCAGUAAAGAUGACAAGUAGCUUUGUAAGAGACAACAUUAAUGUGUCAAGGAAGAGAAUGGAUGUGGCUUCCUUGGACAUGCUUCAAUUCCAUUGGUGGGAUUAUUCAAAUUCAGGAUAUCUUGAUGCACUAAAACACCUCACAGACUUGAAAGGAGAAGGUAAAAUCAAGACUUUGGCUCUAACCAAUUUUGAUACUGAGAGAUUACAAAUUAUUCUCGAAAAUGAUAUUCCCAUUGUGAGCAAUCAGGUACAACAUUCACUCGUUGAUAUGCGUCCCCAACAGAAAAUGGCAGAGCUUUGUCAGCUUACAGGAGUCAAACUAAUAACGUAUGGGACAGUAAUGGGCGGUCUAUUGUCUGAGAAGUUCCUUGAUGCAAACGUCAACAUUCCUUUUGCCGGACCUGCAAUAAACACUCCUUCCCUCCAAAAAUACAAAAGGAUGGUAGAUGCUUGGGGAGGCUGGGGUUUAUUUCAAGGACUUCUUCGAACUCUUAAACAAGUAGCUACCAAACAUGGUGUUUCUAUUGCAGCCGUUGCUGUUAAAUAUAUACUGGAGCAGCCUGCUGUGGCAGGAUCUAUGGUUGGUGUAAGACUUGGCUUGUCAGAACAUAUUCAAGACUGCAAUGCUAUAUUUUCGCUUGUUCUUGAUGAAGACGAUGUGAACAGCAUAAGAGAAGCAUCAGGGAAAGGAAAGAAUCUUCUUAAAGUGAUUGGUGAUUGUGGAGAUGAGUACAGGGGUGCAUGAGUCUUGCUCAUUGCUAUAUCAACAUGGUGAUUGUUUUCACUUAUAUAGGACAAGGAAGGGCGAAAAUAUAAAACAAGGAAAUUAUUCACCCUCAAUUUUGUCUCAGUAGAAGACUUGUAUGUAAUACUUUCAUAUGAUACUUUGUACUAGUCAAAAGACAAACGAAAGGAAAACGUUGUUUUAACUAAGUAAAUUAAUAACUUUGUAUUGCUCUGAUAAAUCAUUUUAUCUAUGAUAUUCUUGAUUGUUUAA